UUAGCAGUGUUUGCCUAAAGGAGAUUCCAUCUGGAAUGGAAUUAGCCCGCAGCCCCUUUCGCAGACUAAGACAGGUUAGAAACAGAAGCAGAUUGUACACAGUAGCAGUAACCCAGCCUUAUCCUAUUAGCACAUUAGUCUCAACUUCCAGCAGCCAAAUCUCUCUCUGCAAGAUGGAAGCUCCCCAAGCACCAGCAACCGACAUACCUUUGACUGUAAAUGCAGCACAGAAUGGACACAUACAAAGGACCACAGGUGAAUCUUGCCCCCCACCUAAAACAAAAUACCUGACAGUUACUCAGUACCUGCCUGAAGCCUAUUCUCACCAAGGAAACGUCAAUGGAGCGUUUGAUGCAUCUACCUGCCCCGAUGCACACAUCUAUUCAGUUGUUAAUAAUUAUGUAGAUGGAAACCAGCAAACAAAACCAAGUGGCAUGCAUUUUGGUGAUGGCAAAAGAAAGGUGGACUAUGUACUUGCUUAUCAUUAUAGAUAUCGGUCUUCCCAUCACAAUGGUUCACCCGGGAGUCACAGACCUCCAGCUGUCAUUGUGUCUAAUGGGAAUUCAAUAACUCCAGAAGAAGUUGGGAAAACACCCCAACAGUCUCUACCUGGGGAUUUACACCAUCAGGGCAAUCAGAAGAAGAACAUCCAUAAUCAUCAGAAACACAAUAACAGUGAUCAUUCUCACUCUGAAAAUGGAAACCAGCCACAUCAUCCUGAUGGUGUUGUUGUCGUGGAAAUAAAUCACCAUGAUGCUCUUGAAGAAGAGAAGAAAAUACAGAGGGAGGAGUUUGAGCAGAACCUUAUGGAAGCUGGCCUGGAAUUGGAAAAAGAUCCUGAGACAAAAAGCCAAGGAUUGAAUUUUGUCCGAAUUCAUGCACCUUGGCCUGUACUAAGUCGGGAGGCAGAAUUUCUUAAAAUAAAGGUGCCCACCAAAAAGAUGUACGAAGUAAAACAAGACACCGGCAUCCUCAAAAAGUUAUACUCUUUAUGGAACAAAUGUACAAAGAUUUUACAGCCCAAAGUGCCACAAUUUAGUGAAAAUGCAAAGAUGAAACACUUAUCAUAUCCCUUUUCCCGAGACAAAAUGCAUUUGUAUGACAUUAAAGACAAGGACACCUUUUUUGAUAAUGCAACAAGGAGUCGAAUAGUCCAUGAAAUAUUAAAGAGGACUUCUAGUGUAAAAGCCAAAUACAGUAUGGGUAUUACCACAUUGAUAGCAAAUAAUGUCUAUGACUCAGCGUACCCUCUUCAUGAUGGUGACUAUGACCACAAUAAAAAUGAAACAAAUGAGCGAAUGCUGCUACAUCGAGAAUGGGCAAGAUAUGGAGCCUUUUAUAAAUAUCAGCCUGUUGAUCUAAUAAGAAAGUAUUUUGGAGAAAAAAUUGGAUUGUAUUUUGCUUGGCUGGGUCUGUAUACGUGGCUAUUGAUUCCUGCAUCCCUAGUUGGGAUAAUAGUUUUUCUUUAUGGCUGUGCGACUAUUGAUGCUGACAUUCCUAGUCAGGAAAUGUGUGACCAGGAACAAGGCUUCGUAAUGUGCCCACUGUGUGACAAGGCAUGUGACUUCUGGAAACUGAGCAGCGCUUGUGGUACGGCACGGGCUAGUCACCUCUUCGAUAAUCCUGCAACGGUCUUCUUCUCUGUGUUCAUGGCUCUCUGGGCUACCUUGUUCCUUGAGUACUGGAAACGUCUACAGAUGAGACUGAGUUACUUUUGGGACCUUACAGGGUUGGAAGAAGAAGAAGAGCGUAUAAAGGAGCAUCCAAGACCUGAAUAUGAAACAAAAUUGCUAUUAAUGAAAGAAAAAUCCAAAGGCAAUGGGAAGAAUGGGAAUAAAAAGGAAAAAUUAACCUGGAGAGACCGAAUUCCAGCAUAUUUAGUAAACUUUUCUGCCAUUUUAUUUAUGAUAGCAUUAACAUUUUCAGCAGUGUUUGGAGUGAUCAUCUAUCGAAUCACGACUGCCGCUGCCCUGGCAGUAAGUACAAGCGAAGUAACAAGGUCGAAUGUUCGUGUGACUGUAACGGCCACUGCUGUUAUAAUUAAUCUGGUCGUCAUCCUCAUACUAGAUGAGAUUUAUGGAUCAGUUGCUAAAUGGCUUACAGAAAUUGAGGUCCCAAAAACAGAAAAGACUUUUGAAGAAAGACUGAUUUUAAAGGCUUUCCUUUUGAAGUUUGUGAACUCAUAUGCUUCAAUUUUUUACGUUGCCUUUUUUAAAGGACGAUUUACCGGGCGGCCUGGAAGCUAUGCAUAUAUUUUCCAUGGUUACAGAAUGGAAGAGUGUGCACCGGGAGGCUGUCUAAUAGAACUAUGCAUUCAGCUUAGUAUUAUUAUGCUGGGGAAGCAACUUAUACAGAACAACUUAUUUGAGAUUGCAAUACCGAAGUUCAAGAAAUUGUACAGGAAGUUCAAAGAUGAAAGGGCAGAGCCAGGUGAAAACAAUUUAAACAACACUAAAGAACCUCAGCAAUGGGUCCGUGACUAUGCACUUGAACCAUUUACUGGGCUAACACCGGAAUAUAUGGAAAUGAUUAUCCAGUUUGGCUUUGUAACGUUAUUUGUGGCAUCGUUCCCACUGGCCCCACUCUUCGCUCUCCUCAACAACAUAAUAGAAGUUAGACUGGAUGCAAAGAAAUUUGUGACAGAACUUCGACGACCUGACGCAGUGCGGGCAAAGGAUAUAGGAAUUUGGUACAAUAUUUUAAGUGGGAUUGGCAAGUUUUCAGUGAUUAUAAAUGCAUUUGUAAUAUCUGUGACAUCUGACUUCAUUCCACGCCUUGUGUAUCAGUACAUGUACAGUGAAAACGGCACCAUGCAUGGUUUCCUAAAUCACACCCUUUCAUAUUUCAAUGUUAGUCAUCUAAAGCCUGGAACCCAACCAGAAAACUCCCAGUUUGCACAGAAUGUUGAAAUUUGCAGAUAUAAAGAUUAUAGAGAGCCACCUUCUUCCCCAAAUCAGUAUGAUUUUUCCAAGCAAUACUGGACAAUUUUAGCUGUACGUCUGGCCUUUGUCAUCCUUUUUCAGAACCUGGUCAUGUUUUUGAGUGCCGUAGUGGACUGGCUCAUACCAGAUAUUCCAAAGGACAUUAGCGAACAAAUCAAAAAGGAGAAAACUAUGCUUGUCAAUGUCUUUCUAAAAGAAGAGCAUAAAAAGCUUCAGCUGCUAGAGAACUUCUUAAUGCACGACAAACAACGUAGCAAAAGCGAAAAUAGAGGACAGCGAAGUCGAGCGGCAAGUUUCUGCCAGUUUAGUCGCAGUCAACGCGGCAGUUUCACGUCGUUCAGCUCACAUCACACCGACGUGUGAUUUCCGUUUUCAGAGCAUAAUAGAUAUGCAAGUAAUAUUUACUGUUGGGCAACUGGAGAAGGACAGACGUAUGGAGAGAAGGAAAUGGUAUAAAGAGGAGAAAAAAAGCCUCCGUUUUCCCUCGUAAACGUCUCCAAACCAUUUUAAGCAGGUUUUUGUAAUAUAUAAAGGGCCAUCUGGUGCAACACAUAGCUCAGACACAUUUAUGUACAACUAUGCACCACCUUCUGCUAUGUAUUUAAUUGUUUAACUAGCAGAAGCUCGCGUCCAGUACACGCAAUAGGAAGCAGAGUAAGGCCGCAGGUCUCAUAACAUAACGAAUGAGUUGAUAGUCGUAUUAGCCAAGCUCCUUGUUUUUAAUGGGCAAACUUAUUUGAAGUGUGUCACCCUCAUUUCCAGUCUGCGCACAUUAAAAAAAAAAAGACUUCUGCUGCUGUGUUUUAAAACUGAGGUGAUCUCAACCAUUCUUUUAUUUUACUAAAAUAUAUGAAAACGGUGGAGAACUUGGAGCCUAUUUGUUUGUGAACUUGAAUUCACAAAUUAAUUAAAACACAUUAAAUCAUAUAUAUUAAACUACUGUAUUCAUGAAAACAAAGGGAAUGCAAAGUGUGUGUAUAUAAAUCUAACUCUCAUUCUGCUGGUGGUGUGCUCCCAGAAUGUUAUGUUCACUUGGGUGCUCUUGAGAUUUUUUUUUGUGAAUGUAUGUAGAAUCAAGGAAAAAGAAAUUCCUCAGGGCUAAUUUUGUACAAUCCAUUCUAAGGAACAUAUAUCAAAAAAAGUACUUUUGAUAUUAUGGCGGAAACAUACCAACCCAUAUCCAACUGAAAAAUUGUAAUGGAAUCUGUAAUAUUUCUGGACUGGAAUUUUUUGAGAGAAUGUAUGGAGAGAGCUUAUAUUAAACUAUUUUUUUCUUGAAUUUA